AUGUCUUCGACGGUCGAAACUAUCACUUCCCUCGUUGCUUCCGCCACAGAGUCCGCUGUCGACAGCAGCGACCCCACCGCUGAUGCCAGCCAAGACGAGUGCUCAGGAAACCCUGACAACGCCGAUACCUUCCUCCACCUCCGCAUCGCAUCCAUAUUCAUCAUCUUGGUCUGUUCGAGUCUCGGUACCCUUUUCCCUGUCAUCGCUCGUCGUUCGCGCCUGCGCAACGUCAUCCCCAAGUCUGCCUUCGAUUUUGCAAAGUACUUUGGUUCGGGCGUCAUUAUUGCCACUGCCUUCAUCCACCUCCUCGACCCUGCCACCGACGCCCUUAGUAAUCCCUGUCUGACGGGAGGGUGGCAAGAUUAUCCCUGGGCCCUCGCCCUCUGCAUGUUCAGCAUAUUCGUCAUCUUCUUCGUCGAGCUUUUUGCCUUCCGAUGGGGCACGGCAAAACUUGCGAAGCUCGGCAUAACCUAUGAUUCUCAUGGACAUAAUACUGGUACAGGCCAUGCUGCACAUGGACCUGAGGCGGCAGUGGCCACCGAGACUGCGAGUGCGCAAGCGCCUGAGCGACCGGUAUCGUCGGGCGAGUUGAUUAAGGCCUCGGCGUUGGCACAAGUCAUUGGCAUCUUCAUUCUUGAAUUCGGGGUGUUGUUGCAUAGUGUCCUGAUUGGGCUUACCCUUGCGGUUGACGAGGAUUUCAAGGUCCUCUUCGUCGUUCUCAUCUUCCAUCAAACAUUCGAAGGUCUCGGUCUAGGAUCUCGACUCGCCUUCCUCAAGCUUCCAAAGAAAUACAACUACGUAGCUUACGUCGCCGCCAUUAUCUACGGGCUUUCCACGCCUAUCGGUAUCGCCGCUGGACUCGGUGUGCGCUCAACGUACAAUCCCGACUCUGCCAAGGCGUCAGCUGUAUCUGGUAUCAUGGACGCGCUGAGCUCGGGCGUGCUUGUGUACACUGGCUUGGUAGAGCUCCUUGCGCAUGAGUUUUUGUUUAGUAGUGAGAUGAGGGAGGCGAGUAAUGGGAAGCUUAUAUAUGCGUGUGUUUGCAUGCUCUUCGGUGCGGGGUUGAUGUCUUUGCUUGGGAGAUGGGCAUAG